AUGCGGGAGUUUGGUCGUUGUGAAACCAUGGGAGUCACAGGCGGCGCUUUGGUUUCCCUGAAGGAGGAGGACUGGCAGUUUUACGACACGGCGGAGAGCAUCAACUUGACGAAAGCAGAGGUUUGCGGCGAAAUGAAGAAGACUCACGUGAUGUUCCCGGAGCCUCGAAGUUACAGGAAUUCGAGGCAGCUGUGCCACAUGCUCAAGGGCACGAUGGCCGCGCCAAUGAGCGAGGAGGAGAACUGGGCCAUCGUGGAGGCAACUCGCGACCGCGUUGACAUCUGUUCCAACAGCUGGAGCGUCUACGCUUACUUGGACUUCGAGGUCGUCGUUUCCGAGGACUCCUGGACGUACGUAGACAGGGGGACCAACGCCUCUUUGUCUUACACCAAUUUCCGCAAUGGUUAUAGCUUCCCGAUAUCAGAUUACCGCUGCGUGUUCCUGGAUUCCCGCAAGCUGGGCCUGUGGGUGGUGUACCCGUGCGGGCACCACGUGUGUACAAUCUGCACCUUCACCAAACCCACGAUCCUUCGGCUGCGCGGGCUGUGUUCAACCACCCUGAUCGACCGCUACUUCUCCAUCGCUUACAAGAAGAACGGGAAGACCGCGUUUGAUGGCGUCGGUCACACUGAAAUCUCGUGGAACAACAGCACAUGGGUUUUGCAGGACCGCCUCUAUCCCCACGUGAGGGCCACCAUGGUCAUGACCGAACGAGACCAGUACCCUUUCGGUCUGCACACUUGGAACAUCACAGGGGACAGAUGCCUCGAGAGAACACCAGGCUUGCUUCUGACUGCGUGCCGUUCCGACCAGUACACGUGUCACGACGGGACUUGUAUUCGGAAAAUCCAACGCUGCGACCUCGAGGUGAACUGUCCCGACCAGAGCGACGAGCAGCUGUGCAAGGCGGUUGUGGUGCCGAGUGAUUAUAUUACGGAAGUACCUCCUGCACGCGUGGGCAACCAGGCAGCGCAGGUGGCCCUCCACGUCACCAUCCUGUCUGCGCAACCCCUCGACACCCUCAGCAUGAAGAUGACCCUUGACCUGACCCUCACCCUCAAGUGGCGUGACCCGAGGUUGAACAUGGAGAGUCUGAACUACGCCGAGACUCUGAACGUGAUUCAUGACGACGAGCUGAUCUGGCGUCCCGUAGUCAUCUUCGAGGACUGGACGAUGACUGAGGCAGACACCAAGCUCCACUGGCAGACGUUCGUGGCCGUCAUGGAGUCAGGGCCCCUUCCCGAUGACGUCACCAGAGUCAGGGAAGACGAGGUUUACCCGGGCACCAAGAAUUCCCUGAAGCUGACGCAGUCUUUCCGCAUCGUGGUGUCGUGCCAGAUGAACCUCGAGUUGUACCCCUUCGACAUCCAGCUGUGCAGCUUCCGCCUGAGGCUCCAGUAUUUCACGCGCGACCUGGUGUCCCUCAACGCCUCGGGGGCCAACGUGGAGUACAGGGGCAGCACCAACUUGCGGGAGUACGAGAUCAAGGGCAUUGAAAUGACCCAGUCCGACUGGAAGAACCACAGCGCGCAGGAGGUGGUUCUGCGGAUGGAGAAACCUCUCGGGCUUCUACGUGAGCAGCACCUACAUCCCGACCUUCCUCAUGGUCGUCAUCUCGUACUCGACGCUGUACUUCGAGCUCAACGACUUCAACGACCGCAUCAUGGUGUCCCUGACGGCGCUGCUGGUGCUGGCGACGCUGUUCACGCAGAUCACGGAGACCACGCCCAAGACCGCCUACCUGAAGCUCCUCGACGUCUGGUUCGUGGCCACCAUCCUCGUCAACUUCUUCAUCGUGAUCCUCCUCGUGGCCAUCAACGUCGUGAGGGUGCGGGAGAGCCAGGACCUCGUCGUGCCGUUCCUGAAGAAGAAGGCCAUGUACCCGGCGCCCCAGAUGAGUGUCAGGAUCAACCGGUACUCGCAGAUCGGUCUCCCUGUGAUCGUCCUUUCGCUUGUUUUUACAUACGUCAUUCUCUCCGUUACGGACUACAUUGUUCCCACUCACAAUUCUCAAGGUAUCAACUGAGGCAAAAAAAAAAAAAAAAAAAAAAAAAAAAAAUGGCACAGCUGGGUCUGCACUAG